AUGUCCCAGGAGCUAUAUAAGACAAGGGGAACAGCGAGUAUAGAACGGUCAACGAAAGAGAACCGUAAAGACAUGAUACCAACUCCUUACGACCAGCCGGCUCUAUGUGACUCUCUAUUUCUUCAAGCCAGCAGCUGCGGACAAGUUCUGUAUCUGCUGCAGCUUGACGACCAAAAUCUCUGUCACAACAUCAUCUUCCUGCAUGUCAACUUCAGCUUUCUCGUGCACUUGGACAAGCCAAAUGCAAGACUCGCUUUGAAGGAAGAAGCAAAGGAAGAGAAAAUUGUGAGGAUGACUCAGUAA